GCGCGCGCGCCGCUGCCCGCGCUUUCGGGGGGCGCUGCCGGGGGGGGGCGGGGGGCAGCGCUCGCUCCCCCCUCUCUGUGGUGAUCCCCCCCCCCCCGCGCGGCCGAGGAGCGAUGCUGCGCGCUGGGUUGUGAUCCUUCCCGCUCCCUCCUCCUCCUCCCCAUCCCUCCUCCUCCUCCUCCUCCUCCUCCUCCUCCCGCUCCCCCUCUUUUAUCAUCCCGGCCGGCUGGGCGCUGCGCUGGCGAGUUGACUCCUUCCCUCCCCCCUCCCUCCCUCUCCUCCCCCCCCGCGGCCCCCUCCCCCCGCCCGCCCGCCCCGCGCGCCGUGAGCACCGGCGGCGCGGAGGCGCGAGCCCACUUGCGAGGCGGCACAAGCAGCAUAAGGCAGCGCGCGGCGGCGGCGGCGGCGGCGGCGGCGGCACCCGAGCGGCGGCGGCACCCGGGCGGCGGCGGAGCGGCCCGCCAGCGGGGCAGGGAGCGGCGGCAGGACGCGGCGGCGACCCCCGAGACGCCGAGAGGCAGCGGGAGAAGCGGGCGCGGGGCGCGCUGCCCCCUCCGCGCGCGCGCAUUAAAAAUAAUAAUAAUAAUAAUAACAAUAAUAAUAAUAAUAAUAAAAGCGGCGGCCCGGCGGAGCGGCGGAGAGGAAGAAUUAAAGCGAGAGAAGGAGGGAGGAGAGACAGAGAGAGCGGAGGAGGAGGAGGAAAAAAAAAGAGGAGAGGAGGAAAAAAAAAAAGCCCACAAAAACAAAGCGACCGCGGUGGAUGUGGCCGCCGCGGGCUGGACUUCCCCAAACUACGGCGACGGCGAGGAAAGUGCGCGGCGCGGCGCGCAGUGCGUAACCUCGCGCCCGUCCUGCCGCGGAUGGCCUUCCUGAAUGGCUGACGGCGAGCUGCCCUGGAGCUGGCCCCCCGGCGCCCGCCUCGCCUCCCGCGCCUCCGCGGCCGCCGCCCGCCGCUGAGGGCAGCCCCGCCGGCCCCGGCGCCGCUCGGCCCCUCUCUCCCCCGCCCCCUCCGCGCCCGCGGAGCGCCGGCCGCCGCCGCUCCGCCGCCCCCCCCCCCCGCCCCGCCCGCCAGCCAGCGCGGAGGGAAGAAAGCGAGAGGAGGAAAAAAAAAAAAAAAAAAAGCAAAACAACAAAAGGGAGCGAAAAAAGCCGCGGCGGCAGCACAGCGCGACUAACGGCGGAGCGGCUCCGCGCGGCCCAGCCCGGCCAACUUGGCGCAUCCGCGGGGGAGCAGGAAGUUUGCGCGACGCGGUCCCCUAGAUAUGGCAAUGGUAGUCGGCGCGUGGCGAGACCCCCAGGACGAGGUGGCCGGAGCCCCCGCCGGGCCCGGGGCCGCCGCGGCGCCGCCGGGCCAGGGGCCGCCGGCCGGGGCGCCGCACACGCCGCAGCCGCCGGGCCCCGGCGGCGCCCCCAGCGCGCCCGCGCAGCCCGCCGCGCCCGGGCAGCAGGGCCAGGGCGACAAGCAGCAGCAGCAGCAGCAGCAGCAGCAGCACAUCGAGUGCGUGGUGUGCGGCGACAAGUCGAGCGGCAAGCACUACGGCCAGUUUACCUGCGAGGGGUGCAAGAGUUUCUUCAAGCGCAGCGUCAGGAGGAAUCUCAGCUACACUUGUCGUGCCAACAGGAACUGUCCCAUCGACCAGCACCACCGCAAUCAGUGUCAGUACUGCCGCCUCAAAAAAUGCCUCAAAGUUGGCAUGAGACGGGAAGUUUCUUCUUUAUUCACUGCAGCGGUCCAGAGGGGCAGAAUGCCACCCACACAGCCAACUCACGGGCAGUUCGCCUUGACAAACGGGGACCCUCUCAACUGCCAUUCCUACCUAUCCGGAUAUAUCUCCCUUCUCCUGAGAGCAGAGCCCUACCCCACCUCCCGCUUUGGCAGCCAGUGCAUGCAACCCAACAACAUCAUGGGCAUCGAGAACAUUUGCGAACUGGCGGCUCGGAUGCUCUUCAGCGCCGUGGAGUGGGCCAGGAAUAUCCCCUUCUUCCCCGACCUGCAGAUCACCGACCAGGUGGCCCUGCUGCGGCUGACCUGGAGCGAGCUCUUCGUGCUCAACGCCGCGCAGUGCUCCAUGCCCCUCCACGUCGCCCCGCUGCUGGCGGCCGCCGGUCUGCACGCCUCGCCCAUGUCCGCCGACCGCGUGGUCGCCUUUAUGGACCACAUACGGAUCUUCCAGGAGCAGGUCGAAAAACUGAAAGCCUUGCACGUCGACUCCGCAGAGUAUAGUUGUUUAAAGGCCAUAGUCCUCUUCACCUCAGAUGCCUGUGGUCUCUCUGAUGUAGCCCAUGUUGAAAGUUUACAGGAGAAGUCACAGUGUGCUUUGGAAGAGUAUGUUAGGAGCCAGUAUCCCAACCAGCCAACACGAUUCGGGAAGCUAUUACUACGUCUCCCCUCCCUUCGCACUGUCUCCUCUUCUGUCAUAGAGCAAUUGUUUUUCGUCCGUUUGGUAGGUAAAACCCCCAUAGAAACCCUAAUCAGGGAUAUGUUACUGUCUGGCAGCAGUUUUAACUGGCCUUAUAUGUCCAUUCAAUAAAAUAUUGGAGAGAGAAAAAAAAAUUAAAAAUUGAGAAGGGAGAUGAAAGAGAGUGAAAGGAAAGCAAAUGACGUUUGGGUUCUGGUUGUUUCUUAAAUUUCCUUCUGCUAAGAAAGGAUGUAAAAGGAUGUUACAAGUUUGCUAAGAGAAGACAGGAAAAAAUUAAUGGACUGUGAAUUAAAAAAGAGACUGUCAAAUGAACUUUUACAGAAUGCAUUAAAAACUCCCGUGUCGUUCAGAAAAAAAAACUUGCUACUUAUCAUUUUUUGUAAAAAAUUAAAAAAGAAAGAAAAAAGAAAGAAAGAAAAAAGGGAAAGAAGAAGAAAAGAAAUGAGGGUGGGUUUUUUCUUUUUUUCUUUUUUCUUCCUUUUUUCUUUUUUGGGGUAAACUUUUUAAAAAAAAUCUCGCUUAAAGUGCAUUUAAAGGAAAUUUGGAGAAAAUUAGCAGAAUGGAAGAAAGUAAGUCUUUUUUUUCCAAAUUAUUAAUUGUCCUAUGUGUCUAUGUACCUAUAGCUGUUCUUUUUUGUAUUUUUCUGGUUUCAAACCAGUUUAUUCUGUGGUUCUAUAAUAAUUUUUGAUAUAAUCUUGGCUUCUUUAAAAAAAAACUGUGUAUCCUUAAAAUAUAUGUUCUGAAAGAAUUAAAACUGAGUCCACGAAAGUAUCAUAGGAAGAAAGGAAAAGAGAAAAAAAGCCCUCAACAACACAAUGAUGGAAGCGCACUUAAGGUGGUGACCCAAAAUCUAGCUUGAAGCUGAGAGAGCUAUAAUUAUAUAGACCCGAAUGAACCACACGUGUCAUAUAACUACCCCCAAAUCUAGGUUUUUGAUAUUUCAGACAGAAAAUGAACUGUGGGGAUUUAUUAUAGGUAGAAGGAAUUGUGUCCAAGACACACUACGGUUUUGAUUUAAAAGCAAACAAACGAGCAAAGUGAACUUUUGUAAUUUGAAUUGGGUUCCACAUAGUUCUUCAUGAAUUGUUAUUAAACUCCUCUAUCUGUUUGUAUAUUUGCAAGCCCUUUGUAUUAUAAUAAUUGUUGAUAUUUUCCCUUUUUAAAAAAUACCAUUGAAAUCAGCAUGACAAAAUAACACUGUUGGCACUUAUAGAUAACGUGAUUGAUUCAGUAUCUUAGAGUUUACAGUUUUGUGUUUAAAAAAACUGAAGGUUUUUUUUUAAGUGCAACAUUUCUGUAUACUGUAAAAGUUAUAAUAACUGAACUGUUUGGUCGAGUCUUUGUGUGUUAUAUUCCAAGGAAAAUUGAAAGUAUUCAGAAAUUAAAAUAUUAUUUGAUAUCUGAAA